AUGUCUUCUGAUCUUUACGUUCUUGAUGCCUCUUUCUACCCCCAUUCAAGUCCAGAAAUAGUCUCUCCAGAUGAUGAUCUUUUCUUCUCUGACCCUUUCCCUCCUUUCUGUGACUCUUCCAUUGAUAUUCUUCAAGAAUUCUCAAACAACCAAAACAAUCAAUACCCAGUUGAAAAUUCAAACUCCGUAGACAGUUUUAGCCCAAGCAUUCUCUCAUCGUCACCUCCAAGUCACCAACUAGAGAAUUUGUCACUUUACCAGACAAACCAUUUGCAGGCGUUAGCAAAUGGUGAAAAUCUGGCUAAUGGAUAUAGUAAUUUCCCUGGAUUGGACGCUUUGGAGGUGAAAACUGAGGAAUGUCAAGUGGGUUUUGACUCCUCUUAUAAUCAACAAUCUUUUAUGCCUUGUAGUUAUAGCGGUGUAGAAAAUGUGGCAAAGAUGAUGCAAAGAAGCUAUAGUAGCAAUUCUUUUGAAGGCAAGCCUGGCUUUCUAUUUCAACCUGGCUUUAAUACUCUCUUGGAAUCUCCAAAUUAUCAAGGCCAAGCCUUAAGCUUACCUGAAAGCAACUUUCUUGCUGGUCAAUUGAGGAGGGUUUGCAGCACUGGUGAUUUACAAAAUGUUAAUAGAACAUCAGAUACAACACAGAGGUCAUUUUCAAGUCCUUUAGCUGCAGAGAGCUCGUUUAUAGAAGAUUCAAACUUCAAAGUUGGACGUUACAGUGCUGAAGAAAGGAAGGAGAGAAUCUCAAAGUAUAGAGCCAAACGUAACCAGAGAAACUUCACCAAGACCAUUAAGUAUGCAUGCCGCAAAACUCUAGCGGACAACAGGCCUCGUAUACGUGGCAGGUUCGCACGAAACGACGAAACUGGUGAGAUUGCCAAGGCUGCAUGUUCUACCAGAGAUGAAGACGAAGAAGAGCUAUGGUUUGAUGGGCUGCAUGAGGAGGAAGAUGAUGGAGCAAUUAGAGGAGGCUUUGUUAACAGUUUUGUCCAACCUCAGUUUCAGUACUAUGGUUAUUAA